UUUAUGCAAGACAUCAACUUUUGGCGCCCAUUCGUGGCCAUCGGUAUAUUCGCGGCCACACUGUCCGCAUCGUUAAGCAAUCUAAUCGGCGCCUCUCGAGUGCUCGAAGCCGUCUCUAAAGACAAUCUGUUCGGUAAACUUCUUCAGCCAAUAAACCGUUUCUCACGCGCCGGUAAUCCGAUCGCCGCCGUAAUCGUCACGUGGUUUACGGUUCAGUGCAUUAUAUUAAUUAAUAAACUCAAUCUCAUCGCACAAAUCACAUCCGUAUUCUUCUUGCUGUCCUAUUUCGCCAUAAACUUGGCCUGUCUUUCGCUGACACUCACGUCUGCGCCCAACUUUCGGCCCUCUUUUAAGUACUUCUCCGGAAAGACCACAUCUAUAGGAAUGAUUGGUUGCAUUGUAAUGAUGUUUGUCAUUAACCCGCUCUACGCCGCUAUCACUAUAAUCAUGUGUCUACUUCUUGUGAUUGCUCUGCACAUCCGUUCCCCUCCCGUCCGCUGGGGGUCUAUAAGUCAGGCAUUGAUUUUCCAUCAGGUUCGCAAAUAUCUACUACUUUUGGACAGUCGUAAGGAUCACGUGAAGUACUGGAGACCGCAAUUUCUUCUAAUGGUGUCAAACCCGAGAUCAUGUGUUCCGUUAAUAAGCUUUGUUAACGACCUGAAGAAGAGUGGGCUCUAUAUCUUAGGCCACGUGAAAGUGGGUUCCAUCGAUGAGUUCGAAACGGAUCCCGUUCUCGACGAAUACCCUCUUUGGCUCAAACUUCUGGAUAAACUGAAAGUGAAGGCAUUCGUUGAGGUGACGUUAGCGCCCACUGUUAGGGACGGCUUACACCAGUUGUCCAGAAUUGCCGGUUUGGGGGCAAUGAAACCAAACACCAUAUUGUUUGGCUUCUUUGACGAUGAGAUUCCCAACGAUUUCUUCGAAAAUAAUGUCAUUUAUCAUAAUUUAAGAGAUAUUUUAUUGCGCGGAAACGUAUUCUUAUCACUCCGUGAAGAUAAUAGUAAGCGUGUCUUCGCUCGCGAGGAAUACGUGUCAAUGCUUUACGACUCGGUGUUUAGGCUCCAGAAGAAUGUGUGCGUCGCUCGACAUUUCCAUCUUUUUAAUAAGGAUAUGAUGGUUGCGUCCAACUCUUCAUACAUCGACGUCUGGCCAAUCAAUUUCUUCUGUCCGCAAAUAUCGAUCACAAAUAUAGACAAUUGUUGGCUGUUUUUGAUGCAAUUGGCGUGUGUUCUGCAUAUGGUUCCCGCGUGGAAGCACUCAACCAAAGUGCGUGUCUUCAUGUGUGUCGACAGCAAAAUCAAAGACGUGUCACUCCUUCGCCGACAAUGGGAACAGAUUCUGCAAAUGUUGCGAAUCGACGCCACCAUACGUGUGGUGAUCUGGGAUCACGUGACCUCGCCUUUGGACCAAUCGCUGACUGAUGUGAGGGUCGAUAGCAUUCCUCAAAGUCCGGACUCUAAGUCCUCUGAAUCUGAAUCUAUGAACGAAACCAAUCUAUCGGUUGACGAAAGUCCGCAACGGUUUAUAUUAAGCACUCAUUACUUGCAAAGCGUGAAUGUUCUGAUCCAAGAGCACAGUCACAACACGUCCGUUAUGUUCAUGUAUUUACCGCCGCCGCCCGCCUGUCCAUCGGAAUAUCUUGUGUAUUUGGAACGAUUGGAUGUGUUGACAAAGAAUCUGCCGCCGACUCUAUUAGUUCACGGCAUAAAUCCGGUCACUUCUACAACACUUUAAACGAUUUAAUGCCCAAAAGCCGAUCAAAACCAGUAAUAAAUGAAUUACAAUCUAAUAUAAAUUGUAUACAAAUAAUGUGU